UACGCCAAAAAUCAUAGAGACUCACAUGUAUGUCAUCGAUAUAAUGCAACAGGCCGCAGGUAAUUGUCGGAAAAAUAAUGUAUAUGAUUCGGAGAACAAGUAUGUCACAAAUCCAGGACUCACAUACGAAGGCAUUUUGGAGCUAUUUGUUAGCAACAACCGUAAUUUCAUGGAAAUAAUGGAAUAUAAUAGCACAUUGAGUAAUAUCAAUUUGGAGUUGCUCAGUGAAACGAUGAGACAUAAAAGGCUCAUGAUGAACAACCUGGGCAUUAAUCCGGUGUUCAUAAAAGAUUUGAUGACUAGGUACAAUGUGCAAGUGAACUGGGGUGGUAUGUCUGAUCGGUUAUAUAACGCUUAUUAUAGUACUUACGAUAUGGACUGGUCCACUAACAACCUUCGUAAGUUACUAGCAUAUUACACAUUGCAUAUAGAUUUUUUGAAAUUCAUCAUGUAUCAGUUGAUUUUAAGACAUUUGAUGAGCUCAGAAACAAUAAAAGUCGGUCCGUUUCAAUUGUUAAUCGCACUAGAUCAUUUCCAAAACAGAUUGAAUCUGAAUAACGAUCAGAAAAUCAACGAGUUAAAAGUAGCAAUUAACAAAUAUGGCAAGAGCAAGUCAGAUAAGGAUGAAUGUUUGAUGUCCAUUAAAACAUAUUUACAAGUAGAGCUGCAAACGAUUUGCGAAUCACUCGGGUGCCAUUUGAUUGAACCAAUAACCGGAAAUGUCGAAGAACUAAUGAUACCUUGUGAGAGUAUGAAUGCACAUGAAGAGAUUUAUGUACAAUGCUUAGUGAGCGAAGUGAGAACUGUUAAAGUAGACGUUGACUACUAUUUAGAUCAUCUUAAUCAUAUUUUUGCAUAUGUCAGUUUUGAAGCCAUUCAAUUAAUCAUUAAGUAUAUCAGGGAAAUCAAUCAGUAAAGUUAUUUUGCCAUAGUAAUCGAAUAUAUUGAUAUUUAUAUACCUUUUUUUCCUAUAAUUAUAAAAAAUAUUAUUUGUAAAAAUUCAUUGAG